GACACGCCCGCAAAGCAUUCUGGGACUUGUAGUACUUUUUUUUAGGAGGUUGCCAAGGAGACGCUCAGUCAACAAAGCGUGUCCGACAUGAGUGAGUUCUUGGGUCGGCAGGACUGCAUCGACAGUCUCCGCAGAGACCUGGUCGACCUUCAGGGUGCCACUCUGGACGUGUUCUCCAGAACCGGACCGGUCCGCUUCUCCUCCUGGAAGUUCCCCGAUAAACUGUCCUGCAGCCUGGACAUGGUGGCCCUGCUGGAGCAGUAUGACUUCGUGGAUGGGGAGGAUGCAUUCAACCAGCACUCCCACAUUGUGUUACUGGAGCUGGUGAUAGACAGACUGCUGCUCCUUCUGCAGAGCUUCAACGCUUAUGUUGAGCAGAUCAGUUGCAGCCAUGGGAGGGAGCAGAGCCGGCAGACAGGAUGCCUGUCUGUUGGUCUUGUAGUCAGAAACUACUGGAGUAAUCUAGUUACAUUUGCCAGCACUAAGGUGAUCAACAAAGACAGCAAGAAACAGACAAAAGCGUUUGACUGUGAUGAGACAGAGUCAGUGUCAUCUGUCUCCUCGCACCAAAUGAGCCCAAGGGGUGACUUUUGCAGACGUUGUUUAUCUGCCCCAACUUCAACAAGAUCCUCCAACAAGUGUCUGCCAUCCUCCAGUCCUACCAACAACAUCCCACAGCAUCCUAAAGUCCACAGCCACAGUGUAAGCUGCCAGACAAUUCAGUCAUCUCUUGUUCCCUGCGAUGCGUGUCAUCAAGUGCAAUCCACUCUGAGAAAAACAGGAGACGCGCUGGUGGAACUGUUUCAGAGCGAGGGCCUGCCCUCAUCUCUGCAGCCUCUCUUGGUGGCCGUGGAGGACACCCUGGACCUGGGGCACAUGACAGCAGGCGACGUUGCCCAGUGGGCCAAUGAGCAGCUCAGAGACAUGCGGCGGCUGGCCAAACAUCUUGAAGAUGUGCGGGGCACGGUGCAGCCUCUCAGAGACAGACUCGCAGUAGCAGAAACAGAGCGGGAGAGAUUCAGGUCACAGUUGGAGAGAGCACAGAAAGAGUUCAAGCAAGAGAGGGAAAAACAUCAAGCGAACAGCGUCCAGCUGGAGUUUUCACUGCGCAAAGCUCAAAGAUCCUUAAAAGAAACAGAGCAACGGCUGCAAGAGGAGCAACAGCAAUUCAAAAGAGAAACUCUGAGCUUGGAGGAGAGUAAUUCCAGACUGAACGAGAAAGUAGCACAGCAGGAAGAUACAUUACAAGCAGUUGAAUGUGAGAAGAAUGUGCUGCAGGAGAAACUGGCCACCUUGCACAUGGAGGAAGAGGCCUGCUGCAAACUACAGCAAAAGAUCCAGCAGCUGGAGGAUAAAAUCUCUGAAACUCAACUCCAUCUCGACAAGGAGAACGCCAAGUACCACAGCGCGUGUCGCCAGCAAGAGUCAAUGCAGGCGAAGCAGAAGUCUUUGUUAAAGAGAGUGGACGCUCUCGACGAGGAGUGUGAGGAGCUGCAGAGGCAGCUGGGAGAGAGGGAGGAGAGAGAGAUGGACCUUCACAAGCAGCUUCAGCAGAUGUCAGAGGAGAAGGAACGAGUGCAGGCUCAGCUCGCACAACAGCAGGAACUGUGUUCAGAGCUCCAAAAUGACAAGCAGACACUGGAAACACACGGAGGCGAGCUGAAGAACAACGUGGCCGAGCUGAAGGAAUACGUGCGAGUUUUAAGAGAGAGGGAGAGGCUGAUGGUGGCUUUCCCAGAGCUCAGCCCUGUGGCUCAGGCUCAACCACAGAGUACAGGAAACGUGCUUUUGGACAUGGAGCAACAGUUUCAGGCGAAUGACAUUCGCAUAAAAGUUCUGGAGCAGGAGAACCUCACUCUGCACGCCAGCCUUGUGAAACUGAGGGAAAGAGUGCAUAAUAAUGCCAGCAGGGUAGGACGGGAAGCCUCACCUCAGCAGACAUGGAGCCUCUCUGCGCCCGGCACACCAACUGAAAAGCAACCAGAUCACCUGACACACAUGCAGAACAGUGUACUGCAGAGCAGCAGUGCACCACGGCUGGGAUGCAACAGUGGGAACAAAGCAGGACGGAGGCAAAGUGCCGGGUCCGAGGAUCGCAUGUCCACAGCCACCGCCGCUGCUGCUGCCUCCCCCUCAGCUCUGCAACUUCACUUUCAAACUGUCCAACUCAACACCACGGCUGCUAGAAUCCACACGAAAACACGCAGUGGAUCUGUCCUCGCUCACUGCAGGAGCUUAAAUCAGAGGAGAAAAUGACGGAAAAGACAGAAAGAACACAGCUUUGUAUAAUUAUACCACACUAACACUCAUGUUUUUGUAAUUGUACAGGCUCAUUCUGUAUAAAAAAAUCUAUAAAAUGUAAAUAUAAUAAACUUACUGUGUAUACAUGAA